GAAUGAUGUGGUCGCCGAGAGCAAGAUUGUAGCUACCGGAUAGCGACGUUAGCUUGCUGGCUAGUUGUUCAUAAAUAUACCUUCGCGUAACCUCCCAUUAUUUUCGGCGAGGUGUUCUUUUAAUAACAUGCCAUGUGUAACAUGGCUGAGGAACGCGAGUUUUAACAAUUUGAAAAGAGGCCAAAGGUGAGGUCCGGUCCACGGCAAGAACGCUGGCGGCUGGGCGCUUUUUUUAUGCCUGACACCGCCGUCGCUUUCGGACAGCCAUGGCGGAGGUGAACGGCCAGCCCGGUUCGCCCCCCCGCGGGCCGUACCUGGCGGUCAUCACCAGCCGCGCCGCGAACGUGGCGAUCCGCGGGACCAUGCUGUUCUCCGUGGGCGUCUUCCUGGCCCUGGUGCUGAACCUGCUGCAGGUGCAGCGGAACGUCACCCUCUUCCCGCCCGACGUCAUCGCCAGCAUCUUCUCGUCCGCCUGGUGGGUCCCGCCCUGCUGUGGCACCGCCUCGGCUGCGAUUGGCCUGCUGUACCCCUGCAUUGACAGCUGCCUGGGGGAGCCCCACAAGUUCAAGCGCGAGUGGUCCAGCGUCAUGCGCUGCGUGGCCGUCUUCGUGGGCAUCAACCACGCCAGCGCCAAGGUGGACUUUGCGAAUAACGUGCAGCUGUCCCUGACCCUGGCCGCCCUGUCCAUCGGCCUGUGGUGGACCUUCGACCGCUCCCGGAGCGGGUUCGGGCUGGGCGUCGGCAUCGCCUUCCUGGCCACCCUCGCCACCCAGCUCCUGGUGUAUCACGGGGUCUUUCAGUAUACGUCUCCAGAUUUUCUCUACAUACGUUCCUGGCUGCCCUGCAUCUUCUUUGCGGGUGUAAUAACGAUGGGAAACAUAGGACGUCAGCUGGCUUUGUACGAAUGCAAAGUCGUUCAAGAAAAGCCUCAUCAAGACUGAGAAAGCAGGAGCUGUUCACAUUCUGUUGCAUUUUAAAUGGGUAAAAUGCCAAAUUUCCUGUGUGUGGGUGUGUAUAUAUACAUACACACAUGCUACACAUACUCUCCACAGAAUAGUGUAAUUGCAGUUACUGCAGUUUAGUUUAAGUUUGGUAACCAGUGCAGUCUGUGAUUGCAUCUUUACCAUUUAAAAAAUGGCUUAAGCCUAGAACUCAAUUUUAGAUUUUUUUUAAGCAAGUAUGAAAAGAUCCACCUGUCUCAUGGUAUCUGUUUUCUAUGUCAAGGCGCACAAUUUUUUGAGAUUGGGGAGUAGCAUCUGUCACCAUGCAGCUAUAAUCCUGAGUAUUAACAAACGAGCUUGCAAAUUUCUUUUUGGUCGAGUUUUUAAAAACGUGAAGUACUAACUAAAUUCUGUGGCAUUCAAUGUCAUGGGCCACUUAGGAUACCGGGAUAUUAUUCUGAAUGAAUCCUGAUUGCAAUAGUUGUCAUGGGAGCUCUCUUUCGAGUGGUUUAAAUCAGGGGUGGGCAAGCGCGGGCCGUAUCCUAACAUUCAUGGUAUCUGACAAUUUUAGCUACAUUUCUUCUUGACCAUAAAUGGCAGAAGACUUGUUCUUGUGUCCCCAUAUGAAACAUUUUACUGCGGUCUAAUCUAUGACAUGACCAGUGUUGGUGUAUCCAGCCAGUUAGCCCAUUUAGCCCAUGAGUAACUGGUGGAAACUAAAACCUGCAUACAUACCAGCCCCUCCAGGACCGGAAUAGCCCACCCCUGGGUUAAAUUAAUACUUUUAUUGGCAUUUAGCAGACGCUCUUAUUCAGAGCCACUUACACAACUUGUUACACAGCAUUUACAUUGCAUCCAUUUGCACAGCUGGCCAUGCAGUGCGGGUUAAGUACCUUGCUCAAGGGUACAACGGCGGGGGUCGAACCUGUGACCUUCAGGUUAGGUUCCAUACCCAUCAUACUACACUGCCGCCCACCAUUACCCCAGUGCUCGUACUGCCUUCAUGACCAUCACUUGUAAUUACUGUGUCUUUCUUCCAUAGCUCGCUCCUCACUUAUACACCUAGUCCUUCAAGAACGGCUCUCUAGGUAACAGAAACUGUAAGAGUUGAGUGGUCUUUUUUUUUUUUUUUUACAUCGGAUAUUCAUCAGUUAUCUUUGUUUGCUUAGUUUAUGAAACCUGAUACUUGGUGCAGUUCUGGUUUAAGGAAGAAAAAGACAAAAAUGGAGACAUGGCCGCUGGGUAUUUGAAAGAACUUGCUGUAGCUCAUAAGCACCUAAGAUUUGCGGCAUUUGCAGUUUAUAGAAUUGUACACAUGCCAAGCAAGCAGUCAGUUUCUCUCUCAUAGGUGUGAAACUGGGGCUCAAAUCAAGUGUUCUAAGGCCCUGUUCAGACCUGGCAUUAAAAUGCAUCUUGGGUGAUCCGAUCGUAAGUGGACAGCUCUAACUACAGGUGUGAAUGCACCCAAGACACAUUGAGGACGCGUUGAGAUCCGAUCACCCAGUCUGUUUUUGUUUUGAUUUUGCCCGCGCGCCAAGGUCUUUGCAAACUUCUUCUUCUUUUAAUUUCCGGCAGACCAGGCUCAGGUAGUGCAUUGCUGCCUCUCGCCGGUUAAAAACAACAACGCAUUUGGUCUUUGCAAACGGAAAUGAUGUACGUGCUUAUUUGCAUAUUGAGCGGGGAAGUGAGAUCUGAUCACGAGUGGUCACUCGAGACGCAUGUGGAGACGCAUUCUGAUGCUAGGUGUGAACUGGCAUCCGUCUAGACUGAAUCUAGACACAAUCUGGAUAUAUCUGGAUACAAAGUACGGGUCUGAACAGAGCCUAAGCCUCAGUUUCUCAUAGACUAAUUUCUCAGGACAAGGAUUUCUUUUUGGCUACAUUGUGCCAAACCGACUUUACCACAGAUUAAUGCUUUCCCCCCCACCCCUUCAGAUUUGGCUUGGGUUAUGUAAAUGAGUGUUCUCAGUUUGUAGGAUAUAUUUAUUGCUUGCGUCAUCAAGACUACAUGGGGAAUAUAGGAUUUUGAGUACAGUAUAUACAUUUGGAGUUGGCCUAAAAAAUAAAAAAAGUAAAAUGGCUUGAUCUUAGUGUUAUACUAUUGGGGUACACGCCUUGGUCUGAAAGGGCCAGAAAUAUUUCAUAUUGUUGAUCCAUCUGAGCUUCAUGGUACAUUUUGAUAGAUUAAGAGUUGUCCAGGGUCCAGGUCACCUUUGGUCGUUGAGCCUAACGAUUAGUACCAUUAUGUAAUUGGUUCAGAUGGAGUGGAAACCAUAAACCUGUCUGGUUAACCAGACCUAUCAUUACCCUUGUUCCAAGACAUGGUGUUCAGCUGGCACAGUCACAAGAGUGUGUGUGGAUCUUCUUAUUGAUGUGUGUGGGGUGUAUAUGAUUUACAGGGCAUGAUUCAUUAAGGAUUUUUCAGUCUGGGUUGUAUUAAUUGCUUGACGUAAGAUAUGAGAGGACCUACUGCCAGUCUUUCUGUGGGUAUGAAAUGGGCACCAACAGUGUUAAAGCAAUACUUUCCCCCAAGAAUCUCUCGUUCCAGCACUGGUACACAUCCCAUUAUUACAUUUACUGCCACUGUUCAACUGGCAGUUACAAUUAGGGGCCUCACAAGUUAACUGGAAGUAGGCAUCCUUAUCUCAAUCUGAGGGAUGGUGUAAAAAAGAAAGGAGAGCUUUGUGUAUGACAGGGGAAAUGCGGUUUCAUAUCAAAGCUGAAGGGAAAUUGUAUUUGAAUUUAUUUUUGAUUUUAAACAUAAAUGGUCCCCAUAAAAGGGACCAGUUAGGAAAAUGAAAUAUAGGAAGCAAUGUUUUUUUUUCUUCCCUUUAAUCAAUCGGAAAAGGGUUUUGUUUAUGUUAAAUAUUUGGCCACUUACAAAUAGGAGGUUGUUUUUUUUUUUUUGUUUUUUUUUUUAUUCUCAGUAAAAUGUAAGCGAAAGUGGCAGUGGACAGGACAUGUGAAAGCUUAUGACAUUUGACCUUCUGUGGUCAACUGUGGAGAGGAGGCAGAGAAAACUACAGGCUCACACAUUGUUAGUUCCUGUAGCUCUUUGCAGAGUCACAACUUUAUCUGGUAAAAUCCUCUGAACGGAAUGUUUUGUUUUUUUUAAAUGUUCAAUACUUAUCGUCUGGAAACGAAAAUUUAUGCAAUAAAUUUUAAAAAAUGCCUUGACGAAAGAAAA